UCGGCGGCGCUUCAAAGGAAAGUCGGCAAGUCGCAAUAACAUAUUAUAGUACGAGCAUUGAACAGAGAACGCCGAUGCUAGUGGAUGUAUAGGGUUUUUUUCGAGCAAUAUUUGGGCGAUUUGGGAGCGUUUUUCACCGGGGCAUCAUGCCUCAGAUAAGGAAUACGACAGAGGAAUAUGGCGCCGAUGAUGAAGUCAAAAAGUAUGAAUACGAGGACGAGAAUGCGGCGAAUGAAACAAAUGUCGAUUUAGUAAAAGACAUUAAAGGCGACCUUAUUAAGAAAGAUGCCGAGAGAGUGGAAUCCAUCGAGGCCAAAAGAGACAGUCGUCAGCCUAUUUUUCAACCAUUUGCUCCUGGGAAUUUGUCUAGCCCACAUCAAACGGAAAUCUAUCGCCCCCUCAUGACAGGACCCCAUCCACCAUACACAACACAUGAAAAUCCAUACUACAGUGGUCGAAUAUGGCACCCCACACGUGUGGCAUACCAAGGCCCUCUGUAUCCACCACAUUACCCUAACGCAAUGCCGGUCAGCAGUGUUGAAACCUCAUUGCGACGUCCUCCUGGUAACAUCACAGAUGAGCAGCGACAUGGUCACAUGGUCGCUCCACCAAUGAAAACCUCUGUGAUAUGUCAGACGCCGAUGCCCGGACUGCCAAACAGCCAAGGCAAUAUCUCCCACGAAAAUGGACACAUGCAGAAGAAGGUACACGUGAAGAAGCCUCUCAAUGCAUUUAUGUUGUACAUGAAAGAGAUGCGUAGUAAAGUGAUUUCUGAAUGUACGUUAAAAGAAAGUGCAGCCAUUAACCAGAUACUUGGCAAAAGGUGGCACCAACUUGACCGCGCCGAACAAGCCAAAUAUUACGAUCAAGCCCGAAGGGAACGCGCGUUGCACAUGCAGUUGUAUCCAGGUUGGAGCGCCCGAGAGAAUUACGCGCAACAGGGGAAAAAGAAGAAAAGGAAACGAGACAAAUCCCAAGGAGAUAGCUCAGAAGCCAAUAACCCAAAGAAAUGCCGUGCUCGAUAUGGUCUUGACAGACAACAAGAAUGGUGUAAACCAUGCAGGAGAAAAAAGAAAUGUAUCCGUUUUGUGGCGGGAAACCCGAAUCCUCAAGAUGUCUCGGAAGGUGAAGAUGGCGCGAGCUCGGCGGCGGUCGGACCCGAGACGCUUACGAGCACAAACAUAGACUUACAGGGACAACAAUCAAAUAUAGAACUUGUUAAAAGUGAGCCAAUACCCUGACUCUCCUGUGAACAGAACCAACUAACUGAAAGCGAACAGCGUCGGGAAUGUCAGCCGGAGAUUUUCGGCGAAAAUACAAGUGGUGAGCCAGCAAGACUUUCAAGGCAGCAGCUGUGACGACAGAACGUGCGUAGCGCGUAACUGUGGAAUGCAUAUAUGCGCACUUCGUAUUGGACCAAUCGACAAUCGGCUAGUAUGACAAAUGAAUUAAAUUAGGCUUGUUUACAUGCCCGCUGCCUAAUUCAAAGCUUAAUGAAGAACUCAAUUCAUUGAAACAAUCCUUUAGGAUGGAAAACUUAAUUUUGAACUAGAAAACUUCAUCAGUACAGUUGAAAAGAGCGUCUUGAGUUGUGAAUUUGAAAAGUUUGCUGUUGUGCUAGGUUAAAUAAUCUACAAACCUGAGAUGCUCUUUUUGACUGUAUCAAUGGAUUUUUCUACUUCAAAAUGAAGUUUAAUAGAGCAAAAAGGAAUAGGUUUUGACGCAUUCAUUCAGUAACUUUAUUGCGAGACAAAUUAACUUGCUGUAUCAGCAUAUUGCAUCAACAAGUUCUGUUGCAAAAAGGAAGAGCGACCUUUUUACCCUUCGCACCAAAAUAUUGAUUCUCGUCAAUCUGUAGCAAGUUAUAUUUGUUGUCAGAAAGGUUGCAGUCUUGUCAGAUCCUAGUGCGUAGCAAUGUUCCAGAACAAGUUUAGUUCCUUCGUUGUGGUUAAAUUCACUUGACCGUAGCUUCACCAUCUGGGCGAAUGGGUUGCGUAAAAACUGCUUUGGGUAAAAUACUGUCGCCAAACAUACGUACGUGCAUUUUUAACGCUCACUCGUUUCGAUACGUCACACGUCACAUGUUAAGUUCGUUUGUGUUAUGGCGUCGCCGGAGACCGUGCAAGAGUCUGGAGUGUUGUACAAAGUUGUGAAUAUGUCGAUAAGAAAUUAUUUUCACAAAAAUGGAACAAUAAAACAAAAUAUUAAAUCAUGUCAAUAGUCAUGAAAGUUGUAAAAAUUACAAACAAAA